GAUCCCACCUUUGCUGCAAGUGAUUGGUGUGAAGAAGCAGAUGACUGGGGAGGCCAUGAUGAAGCAGGACCUCCGGCGUUCACAUCCCUUCAGCUGCUUGGCUUAAACGAAGCGGUGAUGAGCAACUCCUUGCCUAGAGAGGUGGAGUGUGCAUCCCGGUUCCAAGAGCUCCGCUUGUCCGAAGCUCCGGACACGCCAGCUCCCCCGAGUCCCUGCCCUCCUGUUGGGGAGGGAGCAGCAGUGGCUGGUUCAGCCCCUGCGUUCCAGCCCUUUUACGUUAAUGUUGUGGAUGAGGAGGACUACGCUGGUUUCCUUGACACAGAUCAUGCAGAUGAGCUUUUAAGGGAGUAUCAGCAGAGAGAGGGUGUUGAUUUGGAGCAGCUGAUGUCAGAAAGUUUUGCAGGUGAAGGUGACAAGGAAAAAUAUGAGAAGAGUGAGGUCAAAAGCAGGGAUCACACAUUUCAUAAAUUUAUGAAAAGAAUAUCUGUCUGUCCUGAACAGAUUAUAAGAUACUCCUGGGGAGGGGAGCCUCUAUUCAUAACAUCUCCUCCAGCCGACAUUAACAAAGAUAUUCCAGCCUGCAGUAACUGUGGAAGUAACAGAGUGUUUGAAUUUCAGCUUAUGCCAGCACUGGUCAGCAUGCUUCAGAGUGAUACAGAUCUAUCAGUGGAGUUUGGGACUGCUAUAGUUUACACAUGUGAGAGGAGCUGUUGGCCAACAAAUCAUCAAACCCCUCUUGAAGAAUUCAUUUUUGUACAAGAAGACCCAGAUCAGAAAUUAUUUAAAUAAAACAUAUUACAGCACAUG